UCAGUUCCUCCGAUCAGGUCACGGGAUACGGUAGUCAAUACACGAUGAAGUCUAUUCUCUUGCUUUUUUCCCUCUUGGGCCUUAUGGCAGCGGCCCAUGCUACUGCAAAUGAUCCAGUUAUAUCAGACAACUGCACUCUAAUAGACACCUGUGAGUUAUGCCAGAACAGCUCCUGUCAUUGGGUUCAAUGUCUCAGUGAUGAUCCCAGUUGCCAGGAUAACCCUGGGGCUGAAAUGUGUCGCGAAGUCCCUUGUACCGUUACCACGACUGAAGCCCCAACAACUACUGAGAUCCCAACGACUGAACCUCCUACAGAACCACCAACAACCGAACCUCCUCCAGAGACUACCACUACUACCACCCCUGCCCCAACAGAACCUCCGACAACGGAACCCCCUACUGAGCCUCCGACAACAGAACCCCCUACCGAACCUCCUACUGAAGCACCCACUACACUGCCACCAGCAACAACCACUGCAAAGCCCUGCCCGCCACCUGAUGGAAGGCACUUUGAUGCUCCGAGCUUCUUUGGUGGCAUGGUUCUCGCUGUGGGUAUCCUGGCAGUAGCCUAUGCUGCUUGGCAUUUCUACAAGUCUAGGAAUGAGCGUAACUACCAUACCUUGCAAACUGUUUACUGAUGGAACUGCAGGAAACAGUCCACAUGUAGCUGGCUGGACUGGAGGUGUGAAGCUAGUGCCUACAAUCGUCCUUUGAGUAAAUAUCAAACUACAACUCUCAGAUUAGAAAAGGUAACCACUUGUCACAAAAUCAAAGUUAGAGUAAAUAAUAUAAAAAAGCAGGGAUAAGUGCCUAAAAAAUAAUGAUAAUGAUAAUAAUAAUGAAACUUUCCUGUUGUAGAUUAUCCUUAAAAGAGGAUGUAUGGAAAUCUUUUUGAUAUUGAGGUGAUAGUUUUCAAAUUGUUCAGUGAUUUAUCUUAUUGUUAGAUUUGAUGCAUUAUUCAAAAAUUUAGCAUUGCUCCGCUCACAAAUGCUGGGCGUUGUAUAAGAUGUAGUAUCAUUCCAUUAUGUAAUGGCUGACUCUAAAAUAGUGCAUAAUUUUUAUAUAUAAUUUUUAUAAUUAUUGAUGAAUUUGGAUAGAACAUGGUAGCUGUUUUCACAAAAUCCAGUCCUGGAUGACAAUUGGCAAGGAAGAUAAAUCAUCUGUUGAUAUAAAAAUAUAUGUUAAAGAGCUAAAAAGUAAAAGGAUAGAUUGCCUUAUUAGUGAGUUCAGACAAAUAUAAAUGAAAUGCAGCAGUGGUAAGGAAUAUAAGUAACAGUGGAUGAUUGUUGAAAAUGCCUUCUAAUUAGCCAAGGAAUGCUGCAAACAAGGUCUGUUUGGGGUGUUUGUGUGUGUGUGUGUGUUUGUGCAUAUGGCUGUUUGGGUUUAUGAUGUAUGAGCGUAUGGUAGAGUUUAUGUGCUCCUGGCCAUUGGAUAUGAGUUUGUUUUUAUGGAUGUGUGUUGGUGUAUGAAUGUGGCAGUUGUAUGUUCUUGCAAGUAUGUGCUUAUGUUUGCAGAUAUAAAAUGAUGAUAAAUGAUUAAUAUUUAAAUGUGCAAUAACUCUAGAGGGAGUGUUUAAUUUAUUGUGUAGGCUCACAACAGAAUAGCUCAUACUUAGAAAGAUAGCUUGAACUGCAUUUAAGUGUUUGCAUUGAGUAUAACGUGUAAAGAAAUUUUAUUGGAUCUCACAAAUCCUGUUUAAAGCAUGUCUUGUUUGCUUACUUGAAGCAGGAAUGUACAAUAUAAAGCAAUGAUCUAUGUGUUAUAAGUAAGCAAUAUAGUGCCUAAAACCAGGGAAGAAGGAGAUGGAGAAUUUGAAUUUUGAGAGAUUUAAACUGUAUGACGAUAUAAAACUUAUGAUUUUAUUUGAAUGCAUCAUGAAAAAAAUAGGAAGAAAAUGACAUUGCAGUUGUAUCUGCAUUGUCAGAAACCUGGUGCUGAUAUAAGCAAAAUAAGCUAUACCAUUCAAGCAAGCUUGUGAUGUUUAGAAAUAAGCCGUAUGUCAUUUAUUUUUCAAAAGGAGGAAAGAUUUUUCUAUAUAACUGAAUUAAGGAUACCCCUUUAGAUGAACCCUUUUGUGAUAAUCUCCCAUUCAUAAUAUUUGUUAAGGAUAAAAUCCAUACAAAAAAAAAAUAUAGAAAAAACAAAUAAACUUGUGAGCAAGAGAGAAAAUUAAGUAAAUAUGGUUGUGAAGGUGCAUAAUAUUAUUCUUACCUUGUGUAUCAGAAUGUCAUUCGUGUUUGGAAAAGCCGAUGGUAAAUUGUAUAUUAUGUGUUUCGGUUAGAUUUAGAUCCUUUGAUUACGAGUUCGUUAGCCAAUAUGGGUGACGAUGCUUUGUAUUAGCUGCCCAUUUGGGUUAACUGUUAAAUAAGAUACCAGUGUUUACAUACAAAAGUACCAUACCAUCUAAAGGUCAAGGGUACACUCACAUGCAUGAUAACUCAUGCAUAGGCAUACAAACAUACAGACAUGUACACUUGCCAGAACACAUUCAUAAUCAUAUACACUUACUCAGACUCACAUCCAUGUUCAGAUAUAUAUGCCCAUACUUGUCUAUACAUAUACUCCUUUUCAACUCCCACUAUUUCUAAUGAUCUUAUUUUGUAACUUAUUAUCUGUCUCUGAUAUAAACACACACACACACUCACACACACUCACACACACACACACACACACACACACACACACACACACACACACACACACACACACACACACACACACACACACACACACACACACACU